AUGACUGAAAAGCAAAGAACGUUCUACGCGAUUACAAAGCGCAGUGAAGUGAAAAGAAUUUAUUGGGCAUUUAAGCGUGAAGGUUCACAGAGUUUGGUCACCAAAAGAAAAGGAAUAGAACAAAGACGAGCAAGUAUCAAGAAGCCAGAUCAGUUACAUCCUGUUAUGAUGGCCUCGAUCUCCUUUAUUUGCUUUCUCUUCCUCCUCGGACUCACUGGUGCACACCCAGUAGCCGAUGAAAGCAUGAAGUCGAGGAAUCUAGUCAAUGGUCAAGAAAAUGAACCAAGAAUGCAGUAUGAUUCAAUUAAAGCAUUACCUCCUGUAAACGGCAUGGGUGAUGAGCCAGUCAGGGAUCUUAUGAACGCACCACUGCGUGGUGCACACCCAGUAGCCGAUGAAAGCAUGAAGUCGAGGAAUCUAGUCAAUGGUCAAGAAAAUGAACCAAGAAUGCAGUAUGAUUCAAUUAAAGCAUUACCUCCUGUAAACGGAAUGGGUGAUGAGCCAGUCAGGGAUCUUAUGAACGCACCACCGCCGCCACCGCGGCCGCUGCAAGUGUGGACCAAAUACUCUUCAGACACUACUUGGUGCACAGUCAACGGAAGAUCUCUUCUAUACUCAUCCACGACUGAUCCAAUCGACAAGGUACAAUGUCAGCAGCUAUGUGUGGAAUCGAACUCAAGGUGCUCAGCUGUUGAAUUCUGGGAGGAAUACAAUUACGCAUGCUUCGAGUGUACGGAUUUGUCAUUGGCGGAACCCUACACCAAUGAAAAUGACCUGGCCUACCCAGUCUAUGUCUGGGUUCGUAUGUGGACCAAAUACUCUUCAGACACUACCUGGUGCACAGUCAACGGAAGAUCUCUUCUAUACUCAUCCACGACUGAUCCAAUCGACGAGGUACAAUGUCAGCAGCUAUGUUUGGAAUCGAACUCAAGGUGCUCAGCUGUUGAAUUCUGGGAGGAAUACAAUUACGCAUGCUUCGAGUGUACGGAUUUGUCAUUGGCGGAACCCUACACCAAUGAAAAUGACCUGGCCUACCCAGUCUAUGUCUGGGUUCGAAAACAGCGGAACUGAGAUCCAGCUCUUUGUCAAGUUGUUGGCCUUCACCUGAAUUAUUGGGUCUGAACGGUCUGAUCAUUCAUAUACUUCCUUGGUUAUAUUAUCGUUGGGUAAAUAUAUUUGCGGUUGACCAAAUACCGUAUGUACUUUACGAUCAAAGAUGUCAAUAAAGAAGGGCUCCAAUCA